AUGCCUACUCCAAGAUAUUUCAAACAGUGCCCUCCAUUCCCUUCUGAUAUCCCCAUCGUUCCCCUUGCGAAAGUGUCUCUGGAGGCACUGAAAAACAAUGCGAAGGAUGAAGUGGAGAAACUAUUCGAAGCAUGCCAGAAAUGGGGAUUCUUUCUGUUGGACUUCAAUGGAUCAAGCCAAGGGGAAGUUUUGCUGCAAGAUGCCGAAGGAAUGUUCGAGUUGACUACACAGCUCUCUGUACUCGGCCAUGAGACACUGAAGAAUUACACCUUAAAGCCCCCGGACUUUACGAGUUACGGAAGUAGGUAUAAAAACAUAGGGACCAUGAAAACAGAGGAUGGCCAAGUCGAUCACAUAUCCGUCUACUCGCUAAGCCAAGAUGAAGUGCUAGGAAUCACCGGUAAUCCACGUGUGCACCCAGAAGUAAUCAACACUAGCAACGAGCAGCUCCAGAAGUUCAUCGGACACGCCCAUGCUGUAUUAGAUGAAGUCUUGGCCAAGUUGGACAUUUGCUUGGGCAUCGAACCCAAGACACUCGAAGCACUGAGUCCUUUGGACAAGGAAUCUGAGAGCCUUGUCCGUCUGCUCUGGAGCCCAGCCCAAGCCAAUCCCGAUUAUGACCGCAUAUCCUUUGGCGGCCACACUGACAUGGGAACAAUGACGCUCUUAUUCAAUAUCGCUGGCGGACUCCAAGUCCUCCCCGCGCGUUGUGAGAAUGUCAAAGAAAACUGGAAAUACAUACAACCGGAGCCCGGGUGUGCUGUUGUGAAUGUUGGCGACACAUUGGUAGAGUGGACAGGAGGUCUCUUGCGCAGCUCUCUGCACCGGGUGGUGACAGCUCCAGGGGACCAAGCGAUGGUGCAACGGGAAAGUGUGGCUUAUCUGGUACGUCCCAAGCGAUCUGCAUCUCUUCAGCGCCUUAAGGGAGGGGUUAUCCCGCCCUUGUUGCCGGGAGAAGAGGAUGAAACGCGCUCGGUAGAUGAGUGGAAUGAAUGGAGAUCUCGGCAAAUUGCAUUGGGACGGUUGAAGCCCGAGACGCGAGGCGGACGCAACAUGUAA